GGGGAGUGCUCUACUUCAUUACUGCUGUCUCUUUUCACUUUAGGUAUCCCGUGGUACCAUCCACCCCCUGUUGAUGCAGCCUCAGGGGCCUAACACCCAUCCACCAUCCACUCGGGCCGUCAAAUCAGUCCCACCGCGACGUCGCGCCCGCAUUCCGCUAUCAUGUGACCCCUGUCGCACGCGAAAACUCAAAUGCAACCGGGAAUAUCCUUGUCAGAACUGCACCGCCCGCGAUGAGCAGACAUCUUGUCACUUCAAGGGACCCAAGAAUGGCCCGCCCUCGAAUGUUCGUCGGGAGAGUCAUGGCGACACCAUGCGCCAACGUAUCGAUAAUUUGGAAGGUCUGGUAAAGAGACUCAUUGCGAGGAACUCACAGUCACCGCCUAAGCCUGUUGCUUUGACGCCCGACUGUCUCAAUUGUGGCGAGCUCGUGGCGUCUGAGACCCAGGAUGUGGCCUUGGCCGGGAAGACCGUAAUGAAUGGCACCCAGUCAAUCUAUCAGGCUGGUGAUGAUUGGUAUGAUGUUCUACAGGAGAUCAACGAACUCAGGAACACAUGGAACCUGACGCAGGAUGACCCACUCGACCAUAGCGUUCGCCCCACACAGUCGCAGCAAGCCGAUGGAACGAGCCUUCUUUUCAGCCAAGUCAAACCCAUCGAAAGAAUGGAGAUCCUGGCUACUCUCCCACCCAGGCGAGAUAUAGAUGAGCUUGUUGCGGGCUUUUUCAAUCGCCAAAAUUUUCCCAUCGCUGUUCCUCCCAUCAUACAUGAGCCGACCUUUAUCCGUGAGUAUGAAGAACACUGGAGGGACCCUUCGCAGACAAACUUGAUCUGGCUGGGUCUGUUGUUCUCAAUCCUUGGUAUUACCAUGCUGGCCUACCACCAGUACGGCGAGCCACCCGAGUACGAAGGCCUCUCAGAGUCCCUCUUCCAAUUCUAUCGCAUGCGUACAGCGCAGUGUCUACUGAGCGGCGAUAUCGCCAAGUGUCUUCCCUACACGGUGGAGACUCUCCGCUUGAAUGCAACUGCCGAACUGAACCGCAAGGACGACAACCGGCGCGGCCUGUGGAUCAUGACCGGAGUGCUCGUCCGGACUGCCAUCAACAUGGGCUACCACCGCGACCCCUCACAUUCAUCCUCCAUAUCACUCAUGCAAGCCGAGUACCGUCGCCGCACCUGGCUAUCCGUGACCAGCAUGGACGACAUGACCUCGUUCGGCACGGGUCUCCCGCGCGCGAUGUCAGGCAUAUACACAGACACGAUGGAGCCUCGCAAUCUGCACGACUGGGAGCUAUCCGACGAUGCCGUCAAUAUUCCACCAUCCCGACCAUUAACAGAGCCGACUCCCGUCACAUAUCUAAUUGUCAAAGGACGGCUAUGCCGUGCAAUAGGUCGCGUAGCCGACCUCAAUAGUAACCCGACUCCGACCUCUUACGAGAGCGUGCUGGAGAUCGACAAUCUCCUCUAUGUGGCGUAUGACGACUUCCCUCCGCACAUGAAGCCAACCCACCAUUUGGAGCAGUCUCAGACCAGCUCCCCUCGCGCCUUGUACGCGAACCUCAACCUCUGGUCCAUGUACCACCGAGCGAUGUGCACCCUCCACCGCAAAUUCAUGGCUCGGGCCAAGACGAACCGCCAUUUCAAGUUCUCGCGCGACCGAUGUAUUUCAUCCGCUCUGGCGCUGUUGAGUUCCCAGCAGGAUUUGGCUCGGCAAUGGUACCAGUUCUCGCACACCAGGCAGACGCUGACCUUCGCUGCGAUGGUUCUGUUCCUCGAGUUGGAGCUGAUACGCAAGUUUCCCGAGUCGGAGGACGCAUUCGAGCAUGCGGCGCUGAUACAGGCGCUGGAGACAUCUGUUGCGUUCUGGGAGGCUGAUAAAGAAGUGUGUGAUGAGGCCUGGAGACAGUGGCAGGUCCUCGCUAGUAUGCUGGCAGGGUUGCAGCCGUUCGCGGGUGUUGGUGGAGCUACCGAGGCGGUGUCGACUGAUGCGUCGUUUGAUCUGGCGGGGCUCAACUCACCAUUCCAGAUGCCUCUCAAUACCUUUACCUUCGAGAAGGAGAUGUCCGCCGUCGAGGUCGAUUGGGCUACGUGGGAUUCCUAUGUUGAGGAUGCCGGUGCCGGACCUGGACCUGUAUACUGA